CUUUUCAUCAACUCUGCCUACUCCUCGAUGAAUUUUGAAAUCAAGAAAAAUAAGGAGUAUUAAAAUACCGAAGGCUAUAUUUGUUCUGCUUGUUGGUAUAAUUCCAAAGAAGGGUGUCAUAUUAUUCCAUUUUCAUCCACACAAAAAAGCUAUAGAGGAAAGCGAUUUGAGAGAUCAUAAGCUGAUUGUAUUCCUUUUCUUGAAAUUAUUUUCAAGAUUGUGAUUUUCACCAAGCCCACAAAUCCUUUCCAUGUAAAUUAAAGAGGAUUAGGGUUCCUCAGCUCAUUCAUCCAAGUUCAUCAAUGUCUGCAAAAGAAUGUGGUGAAAGUUAAGUGAGUGAGAGAGGAUGGGGAGUUCUUAUGAAUUUCAUAGCAAUGGUAAUGGGAGUGAUCAAGGCCUGCAGAUUAUCAGGCACCCUUUGUACCAAUCCGGUGGCCGGUUUUCAUUGCAUUGGUUCGAUGCGAGAGUGUUCUAUGUUAGAAUCAGCAAUUUCUUGGUUGAUGAUGCCACCCCGGAAUGCCUAACCCUCAACCACAUCCCUGCUUCCAUGGACUCUGUCCUUGAGGUUAAUGGAGUAAGAUGCUCGAUGGAAUCACAAGGGAUCUCAUCUAUUCUUAGGCGCGACAGGGUUGAUAAGAAAUCAGAAGAGGCCACAUUUGUCAGUACAGAUUGUAUAAGGUUUACUGGAAGUGUGAGAUUCGAGGUUUUUGAUAAGGAGGAUCUUGUGAUCGCCGGGGUUUUGGAAAUGUCGAGUAGCAAUGGAGUUGUUGGGGAUUCAGCGAAUGCAGCUAGAAAGUGGUGUAUGAAUUGUGAACCUGUGAUCAGUGCUGGAACUGGAUUUCUGAAAGGGAAGCAAAUAACGGGCUCUGAGUCUUCGUCUCCUACGAUUGAAGUUUACGUGGCAGGUACCUCCUCAGGAACCCCAGUCAUUUUAACCAAGAGCGUGCAGCUUAAUAACCGAAAGAAACACAGAAAGGGUGUCUUGCAUUCAAUCCCUGAGUGUGAUGCUUCUGGAUCUCAUGAGGAUCUUGCAUCCGAGCACGAUCUGCAGCUGGCAGAUUACAACCGAUAUAAACCAGAAAGCGACCAAGAAUACGACUUGUACUGGAGACCGGCUGACUAUAUUGAAGGUGAAGACGGAGAGCUAUCUUGGUUCAAUGCAGGGGUCCGAGUAGGUGUAGGAAUCGGGCUUGGGGUGUGCCUUGGAGUCGGGAUUGGGGUUGGGUUACUGGUUCGUACUUACCAGACGACUGCCCGGACCUUCAAGAGGCGGCUUUUAUAGUCUUGGUAAAGGACCUCUACCAUUACAGUGUGCAUUUUGAAGUUGAGAGUAUCUUGAUUUCUCUUUUUUUUUUUGUUUGUUUCAUUUUCCUUUGAUGGUGUUACUGAAAAUACAGAAGUAAGAAAAGAAAUGAUAUUUGAAGACUCUGUAAAUUUUUUUAUAGAAGUACUUAUAUUGUAAAUAGCUUGUUUUGUCUCUUGAGAAAUAGUGUGCACUUCUGUAGAGUAGCAUCGGUAUAAAUUAUCAUGGUAGUCCUUGGAUUAAAGUGUAAUCACAUUCACAAAUGACAUUUUUGUUUAUAGAAUUUUAUCUCUAAAUUAGUUA